GGCGGCGAUGCGGGCGCGGGGCCGGGGGCGCCUGCCCGCGCGGCUGCCGCUGCUGCUGCUGGCGCUCUGGGUACAGGCGGCGCGGCCCAUGGGCUAUUUCGAGCUGCAGCUGAGCGCGCUGCGGAACGUAAACGGGGAGCUGCUGAGCGGCGCCUGCUGUGACGGCGACGGCCGGACGACGCGCGCGGGGGGCUGCGGCCACGACGAGUGCGACACGUACGUGCGCGUGUGCCUUAAGGAGUACCAGGCCAAGGUGACGCCCACGGGGCCCUGCAGCUACGGCCAUGGCGCCACACCCGUGCUGGGCGGCAACUCCUUCUACCUGCCGCCGGCGGGCGCUACGGGGGACCGAGCGCGGACGCGGGCCCGGGCUGGCGGCGAUCAGGACCCUGGCCUCGUCGUCAUCCCCUUCCAGUUUGCCUGGCCGCGCUCCUUUACCCUCAUCGUGGAGGCCUGGGACUGGGACAACGACACUACCCCGGAUGAGGAGCUGCUGAUCGAGCGGGUGUCGCAUGCCGGCAUGAUCAACCCCGAGGACCGCUGGAAGAGCCUGCACUUCAGUGGCCACGUGGCGCACCUGGAGCUGCAGAUCCGCGUGCGCUGUGACGAGAACUACUACAGUGCCACCUGCAACAAAUUCUGCCGGCCCCGCAAUGACUUCUUUGGCCACUACACCUGCGACCAAUACGGCAACAAGGCCUGCAUGGACGGCUGGAUGGGCAAGGAGUGCAAAGAAGCCGUGUGUAAACAAGGAUGUAAUUUGCUCCACGGGGGAUGUGCCGUGCCUGGGGAGUGCAGGUGCAGCUAUGGUUGGCAGGGGAGGUUCUGUGACGAGUGUGUCCCUUACCCUGGCUGUGUGCACGGCAGCUGUGUGGAGCCCUGGCAGUGCAACUGUGAGACCAACUGGGGUGGCCUGCUCUGUGACAAAGACCUGAACUACUGUGGCAGCCACCACCCCUGCACCAAUGGGGGCACGUGCAUCAACGCCGAGCCGGACCAGUACCACUGUGCCUGCCCGGAGGGCUACUCGGGCAAGAACUGUGAGCGAGCUGAGCAUGCCUGUGCCUCCAACCCGUGUGCCAAUGGGGGCUCCUGCCACGAGGUACCAUCUGGCUUUGAGUGUCACUGCCCGUCGGGCUGGAGUGGGCCCACCUGUGCACUUGACAUUGACGAGUGUGCCUCGAACCCAUGCGCUGCAGGCGGCACCUGUGUGGACCAGGUGGAUGGCUUCGAGUGCAUCUGCCCUGAGCAAUGGGUGGGGGCCACCUGCCAGCUGGACGCCAAUGAGUGUGACGGGAAGCCGUGCCUUAAUGCUUUUUCUUGCAAAAACCUGAUUGGCGGCUAUUACUGUGAUUGCAUCCCGGGCUGGAAGGGCAUCAACUGCCACAUCAACAUCAAUGACUGUCGUGGGCAGUGUCAGCAUGGGGGCACCUGCAAGGAUCUAGUGAACGGGUACCAGUGUGUGUGCCCGCGGGGCUUCGGAGGCCGGCACUGCGAGCUGGAGCGGGACGAGUGUGCCAGCCGCCCCUGCCGUGGUGGUGGCCGUUGUGAGGACCUGGUCGACGGCUUCCGCUGCCACUGUCCCAAGGGCCUCUCUGGGCUGCUCUGCGAGGUGAACGUGGACUUCUGCGAGCCAAGUCCCUGCCAGAAUGGUGCUCGCUGCUACAACCUGGAGGGUGACUAUUACUGCGCUUGCCCUGAUGACUUUGGCGGCAAGAACUGCUCCGUGCCCCGGGAGCCGUGCCCUGGUGGCACCUGCAGAGUGAUCGAUGGCUGUGGGUUGGAGGCAGGGCCCAGGGUGCCCGGCGCGAUGCCUUUCGGUGUGUGUGGCCCCCAUGGGCACUGUGUCAGCCAGCCUGGGGGCAACUUCUCCUGUGUCUGUGACAGCGGAUUCACUGGCACCUACUGCCAUGAGAACAUCGACGACUGCCUGGGCCAGCCCUGCCGCAACGGGGGCACGUGCAUCGACGGGGUAGACGCCUUCCGCUGCUUCUGCCCCAGCGGCUGGGAGGGCGAGCUCUGCGACACCAAUCCCAACGACUGCCUUCCCGAUCCCUGCCACAGCCGCGGCCGCUGCUACGACCUGGUCAAUGACUUCUACUGCGCAUGCGAUGAUGGCUGGAAGGGCAAGACCUGCCACUCGCGUGAGUUCCAGUGUGAUGCCUACACCUGCAGCAAUGGUGGCACGUGCUAUGACAGUGGGGACACCUUCCGCUGUGCUUGCCCCCCGGGCUGGAAGGGCAGCACCUGCACCAUCGCCAAGAACAGCAGCUGCCUGCCCAACCCCUGCAUGAACGGGGGAACCUGCGUGGGCAGUGGAGACUCCUUUUCCUGCAUCUGCCGGGAUGGCUGGGAGGGCCGCACCUGCACGCACAACACCAAUGACUGCAACCCUCUGCCUUGCUACAAUGGUGGCAUCUGCGUUGAUGGUGUCAACUGGUUCCGCUGUGAGUGUGCGCCCGGCUUCGCGGGUCCUGACUGCCGCAUCAACAUUGAUGAGUGCCAGUCCUCGCCCUGCGCCUACGGGUCCACGUGUGUGGACGAGAUCAGCGGAUAUCGCUGUAUCUGCCCACCAGGCCGAGCUGGCCCGCGGUGCCAGGAAGUGAUCGGGUUCGGGAGGUCCUGCUGGUCCCAGGGCACACCGUUGCCACACGGGAGCUCCUGGGUGGAGGAUUGCAACAGCUGCCACUGCCUGGAGGGCCGCCGGGACUGCAGCAAGGUGUGGUGUGGGCGGAAGCCAUGUCUGCUGACUGGCCAGCCCGAGGCCCUGAGUGCCCAGUGCCCGCCGGGGCAACAGUGCCUGGAGAAGGCCCCCAGCCAGUGUCUGCAGCCACCCUGUGCAGCCUGGGGGGAGUGUGGCACCGAGGAGCCCAUGCCGCCUGGCACCCCCUGCCUGCCACGCUCCAGCCACCUGGACAACAACUGCGCUCGCCUCACAUUGCGCUUCAACCGUGACCAAGUGCCCCAGGGCACCACCGUGGACGCCAUCUGCUCUGGGAUCCGCUCCCUGCCGGCCACGAGGGCAGUGGCCCGGGACCGGCUGCUCGUGCUGCUCUGUGAUCGGUCCUCCUCAGCGUCCAGUGCCGUGGAGGUGGCCAUGUCCUUUAGCCCUGCACGGGACCUGCCUGACAGCAGCCUGAUCCAGAGUGCGGCCCAUGCCAUCGUGGCUGCCAUCACCCAGCGGGGCAACGGCUCACUGCUGCUGGCCGUCACCGAGGUCAAGGUGGAGACAGUCGUCGUGGGUGGCUCCUCCACAGGCCUGCUGGUGCCCGUGCUGUGUGGCGCGUUCAGUGUGCUGUGGCUGGCGUGCGUGGCCGUCUGCGCCUGGUGGACCCGCAAGCGCAGGAAAGAGCGGGAGCGGAGCCGGCUGCCGCGGGACGGGAGCGCCAACAACCAGUGGGCGCCGCUCAACCCCAUCCACAACCCCAUCGAGCGGCCAGGCGGCCCGGGGGGUGGCGGGGGCCACAAGGACGUGCUGUACCCGUGCAAGAACUUCACGCCACCGCCGCGCAGGGCGGACGAAGUGCUGCCCGGGCCGGCGGCUCCCACGGGUGCCGGGGAGCAUGAGGACGACGAGGCGCUGGGCCGCGGGGAGGAGGACCUUCUGGAAGCCGAGAAGUUCCUCUCGCACAAGGCCACCAAAGAGCCCUGCUGCUCGCCGGGGAGGCCCCGCUGGGCCUCGGGCCCCAAAGUGGACAACCGCGCGGUCAGGAGCGUCAGUGACGCGCGCUUCACCGGCAAGGACUAGGGCGACCGCUGCCAGCUGGCCCGGGACCCGGGACCCUCGCCCGCGCCGCGCCACCUGCCGGACCACGGGAGGCCGAGGCCGUGUGCAUAGUUUCUUUAUUUUGUGUAAAAAAAACACCAAAACCAAAAAACAAAUGUUUAUUUUCUACGUUUCUUUAACCUUGUAUAAAUUAUUCAGUGACUGUCGGGCGGGAAACAGUGGAGUAUUCUCAGAUAGUUGCUAUUUUUGUAAAGUUCCCGUGCGUUGCACUCGCCGUGUGGCAGGAGAGAGCUAAGGGUGUCUGUGCGCUCACCGAAUCGUGUAACGUUUGCUACCAGAGGUUGUGCACUGUUUACAGAAUCUUCCUCUCUAUUCCUCACUUGGGUUUCUCUGUGGCUCCAGGCCAAAGAGCCGGUGAGACCCAUGGCUCUCAAUGGGACCCAUGGCUGUCAGUGGGACCUGUGGCCAUCAGUGUGGCCUGUGGCUGUUGGUGGGACCUGUGGCUGUCAGUGUGGUCCAUGGCUGACGGGGUGGCCUGUGGCUGUUGGUGGGACCUGUGGUGGUUGGCAUGACCCUGGUUAUUGGUGUGGCCCUGGUCGCUGGCAUGGCCCAUGGCUACUGGUGGCAUCUGCGGUUGUCAGAGGCUAGAGGUCACGGGCAUGGCCCGAGGCCGGCGCAUGGGCGAGGGCCUGCCCCUCCAGCCUGCCGUCCUUGCUUCCCCCUGCCCAGAACACUCACUGCAGAGAUCUCUCAACUGUGCUUUCAGAAGUGCCCUUCCCGACUGCUCUGUCCCCCUCCUGGGGCAGUGGCAGUAUUGAAGCUUGUGACAAGUGCCUUCACACACUCUCCCCUCGCAGCUGUCAACGUUUGCUGUGGGCACCCGGUCACUGCCCACCUGCCGGCUCCGGCACCCCCCUCGUGAAAGUGCAUUCUUGUAAAUAUGUACAUAUUAAAUGAAUCACUCUGUAUAUUUGAUUUAAUAACUUAAAUGUUUUGG